AUGGCGGCCUCCGGUCUGCGCACGGCGGCGGCCGUUCUGUCCAAAUGUGGAGUUUGCGGCGGCGGCGGCGGCGGCAGCAGCGUGAGCAAGGCGGCGGCGGCGGCGUGUGUGAGCAGACAGGUCCAGACCAGGCAGAUAUGCGUCAGCUCCGUCCUUCACAGGAAGAACUUGGCCGCGGCGGGACCGGAGAAGUUCACGACAGAGUUCAUCCAAAAGCAGGUGGAGGAGUUCAAUAUUGGAAAACGUCACCUCGCCAACAUGAUGGGUGAAGACCCGGAGACUUUCACACAAGAAGACAUCGAUAGGAGCAUCGCCUACCUGUUCCCCUCUGGCUUGUUUCAGAAGAAAGCCAGACCUGUCAUGAAGCAUCCAGAUGAAAUCUUUCCAAAGCAAAGAGCUAUCCAAUGGGGACCAGACGGACGGCCUUUCCACUUCCUGUUUUACACUGGCAAGCAGUCCUACUACUCCCUGAUGCACGACACCUACGAUAAAGUGUUGAACAUCGAGAUGCACCAGGAUCGUCUGAGAGCCAAGGGCCUCUUCUCCACCGACACCAAGAACAUCUCCUUGGGGAGCAGCAGGUGGCUGAUAAAGGAGGAGCUGGAGGAAAUCCUGGUGGAGACCAUCUCAGAUCACGAUUACAUGCGAUUCAUCAAGCUGAUGGAGCGCAUGCUGUCGCUGCCUUACAGCGUCAUCGAGGAGGAGUUUGUCCUGCGGUUCCGCCGGCAACUGGAGGUUCAGUCCACGAAGCAAGUGGUGCCGCAGUUGGAGAGGGACGAGCGAGGCGUGGCCUUCAGCACCACAGAAGGCCGCAGAAAGACGUCAAAUUGCUCAGUGGUCCUGAGAGACUGCGGCUCUGGACACGUCAGCAUUAACGGCCAAGACUUACUCCUUUAUUUCCCCGUACUACAAGACAGACAGCAGCUCAUGUUCCCUCUCCAGUUUGUGGGCAUGCUCGGUCGUUUUGACCUGGAGUGCUCGGUGAGCGGCGGUGGUCGCUCCAGCCAGGCAGGGGCGCUGCGCCUGGCCAUCUCACGUGCCCUGCUCGGCUUCCUGUCUGAGGGAGAGAUGGAGAACAUGAGACAAGCUGGUCUGCUGACCCCUGACCCCAGGGUGAGAGAGAGGAAGAAGCCCGGCCAGGAGGGCGCGCGCAGGAAGUUCACCUGGAAGAAACGCUGAAAAGGAAGUGGAGGAAGAUGAACUGUGUCGAAAAAUGGAAAACUGACACCUGAACCAGAAGAUGGAAGACAUGGACUGAUGCAACAGAUGUGAAUCCCACAUUCAUUUUCCAGGACUUCUGAAAUCAUAUCAUGGCAAUUAAAAUUAAAUUAAUUUAAAAAAUCUGAAAAUAUAAUAUCUCAUGAUCAUUCAGGGCUCUGUACUUUUGCAUUCUCUCACAACUUUCUCAAAGAAAAUCUUAUCAGAAAGGUUUCUUUUUUCCCCUCUUUCUCCCCAAUUGUACUUUGCCAGUUACCCCCCUCUUCUGAGCCGUCCCAGUCGCUGCUCCACCCCCUCUGCUGAUCCGGGGAGGGCUGCAGACUACCACAUGCCUCCUCCCAUACAUGUGGAGUCGCCAGCCGUUUCUUUUCACCUGACAGUGAGGAGUUUCACCAGGGGGACGUAGCACGUGGGAGGAUCAUGCUAGUCCCCCCCCCCCCCCCCCGAAAAGGCGCCCCGACCAACCGCAGGAGGCGCUAGUGCAGCGACCAGGACACAAUCUGUGACUGACUCUCCCUCUGUGACUCUUAUGUCAUAUAUCCAUUGAUCUGAAUGAAUUUAGAAUAAUAAUAAUGAAUCCAUCCAUUAUCCAAACCGCUUAUCCUACUCACGGUCACCAGAUAAUAAUAAUAAUAAUUUGACAGGUCAUAUCUCAGCAAUGACAAAACUUUAGCCCACCAAAUUGAUCCCGUCUUAAUCUAGUCCCCCUCUACCAGUGUAGAUAACUUUUGUCCUGUGUCGUCCUCAUGUGGCGAAGAGGUAGCACUACACUCUGCUGUCAUAUAUCCAUAGAUGGGAAUGAAUGGGGUAUAAAAUGAUUUGACAGGUCAUAUCUCAGCAAUGACGAAACUUUAGACCACCAAACUGAUAUCCUGCCUUAAUCUAGGGCCCCUCUACCGGUGUUGACAAUUUGGCAAAGACUGGAGAAAUUUGAAAAUUUCAGCCAAAAAACCUUAGUGGUUUUUUUUGGCUGAAAAUUUGGACUUGAUCAAAUUUUCACCAAAUUUGCUGUAAAUGUAGGGGGAGACGUCACAGAGUCACAUUCAUAAAAAAAGAAAAGAAAAGCAUUUGGUUCGUUCGAAUAAAAAAGUAUUUUAAAAAAAAUCUG